AUGAAUCCGGAUACUGUUGCAGGCGCUGGCCUUGACGUUAAACCCAUUAAUCUAAAGAAGCGCAAGAGCAAUGCUCACCUCACCAUGUCCGACGAUGAAGAUCCUGAGGCUUCGCCUAUCAAAAGGCCUUACAGCACUAUGCCGGUGAGCCGAAAGGGCAGCCCAAGGAAGUCACUCAAGUCACUCUAUCCUGCAGGCCCGGGCAGCAUGGAGAACAUUCCUCCCAUGCCGACUCAUAUGCAUCGUUUCUCACCAGCACCAGGAACCGCGUCUGAACCCUCGCGGAUACAGCUCAGUCCUCUAUCUAACAACGACUUGAACGGCGUGUCAAGGCCUCCUGCUAUCACUCAAAGCUCCGCGCCCGCAGGCUUCACGGCUGUCAACAAUGGAGGUUUUACUGCUGUUAACAACACGCCUCCACCUAGCGAGCCACCUCGAGAGCCAACACGGGAAGCAUCCAGAGAACCGUCGAGAGAAGCCGCACCUAAUCAGCCUAUCAUGGCACCUAAUAAGCAGGUUACCUCUGCCCCCGCGAUACAAAGCGCCCCCGCAUACGGCAUACAACUCGUUCCUACUACACAAGACGCACCGCCCGCGCCCUCGAGCAAACCCCGAGCCCCCUCAAACCACAGCCAGCCCGCCGCCGCACCUCAACACACCUCACCGCACCAACCCGUGCUGAAAAGCCACCAACAACCGCCUCAACCCCCCGAAACCGCACACGUUGUCCAGCCCCCACAACCCCAAACCUUCCCCCGCGGCUCCGUCUCGACGGCCGACCUCCGCCUCCUCCAAUGCGAAGUCACCGCCGGCCUCUUCACCUUCUUCUACCCACGCUCCACAAUGCCGCCCGACGAAGCCAGCCUCCUCGUCCGCAUGCACACACUCUGGUACCACGGCGAGCCGCUCUUCCGCACCGAACUAUCCACACACUACGAUCUCGUCUCCAAGAUCCUCACUGCAUGGCUACACGAGCGUCAAGCCAUCGCUUCACUACGGCACAGCAUGGCUGCCAACCCGGGUGUGUCUCACAUUGGCCUUGUAGACCGGUUGCUGGCUAUGAACGAUCUUAGGGCUAUGCGGUUGAAGUGGAAGAAUAUGAGUAGUAUUGAUGGAUUGAGUCCUGAGGAUCUGCUUUGCAUGGCUUUGAAGGUUAUGACGAAUACGGAGGGGAGCGAGUAUAUGUUUAAAGAUGGUUUGGCGAGGCUGGAGCUGGGUGUGUUUGAGUUUUUGAGGAGCGAGGAUGCGAAGAUUGUUAUGCAAAGGAGGGAUACGAGGGCGGGGUGA